GGCUGCUGGUGGUGGGGGGGUCGAUUUAGGAGACGGUCAAUUUUCUCGAAACAAAGGAUUGGAUAUCUCCAUCAUCUUGCCUGCAGUGUGUGUCUGUACCUAUACAGUGAUAAGACUGGGGAGAAUGAGCAGCAGCAGCACUUGCAGCUUUUUGAUUAAAAAAAAAUCACUUGUGUACUCUCCUGUUCACCUCAAUCCUGUCUGUUUGCAGUGUAUAUUUACAUUUAUAUACAUAUAUAUAUACAUAUCUGGGUGCCUUGUCCUAAUGUUUGACAGACAAAGACAGAUUAUCGUGGCAUAAAAUUGAGGAUUACUGCAAGAAAUGUGAGUAUGGAUAACACGAGUGGGCUCCAGGUUUAUAAUGGACAGAGAGUGACACGCAGGGUGUGUGUGUGUCUGUGUCUGUGUCUGUGUCUGUGACAAUGUGUUAGUACUUGAAAUGUUGCUGUCGCGGUUGGGGGGUGAAUUCACUGCAGGAGGACAAAAACAAAGAGGUUCUGUGGCUCAAGGGCAACACAACAAAAAAGCAGGCGCGUGGACUUGUUAUGCUGCAGUUGUUAAUAUCACUGAGUGUGUGUGUGUGUGUGUGUGUAUUCAUUCAUUAAUUCGUGCAAGGCAAAAAACAAUAACACAUAAAGGCUGAGGCUAAAUUACUAUGCAAGUGGAGUUAAAUGAAGAAGGGCGCGCCUGCUGGCGUGUUUUUUUAUAUAUAUACUAUAUACAUAUAUAAAUAAAUAUAAGAGUAGUAAACGGUGCUUGACUCUCAUUCUUAAUGCAAAGGUCUGCUCCCGUGAUUUAGGAGGCCGCGCAACCUGAAUUAGUUGAUGAAUUUUCUAUCGAUCCUAAACAAGGCCAGAUUUAUCUCUGACACGGUCGCUGCUGCUGCUGGGUGGCGCCCGAGUCAGGCCACUCAUCCCCACUCCACGUUAUUAGCGUUUUAAAAGCAGCAGUGGUGGAAAAAAAGAGAAGGAAAGAAAGGAAAGAAGAAAAAAAAACUUUGGCAAUCAGCUCCCUACACACACCCAAUAAAUAUAUACACACAGGCACGCGCAGGAGGCGCCACGAGCCUCCUCUGGCGCUUUCUCUCUGCUGUGUAUUCUCUCUCUCUCUCUCUCUCUCUCUCUCUUUAUUUGAAGUUAGAGCCAGACUCUUAAUAAGAGGGAGAGGGAGGACUGACUCUCAUCUGUGCUGCAGCCUGAGUUCACGCGCGGCCUCGAGAGCAGAAUACAACCUGAUUUGUUUUAUUUUUGUUUUUAUUUAUUCCUCAGUGUGUAUGUUUGUUUUGUGUGUUUGAUGCGCGUGGGCAAACAGGCUAUAAAAGGAGAGUUGUGCAUAUGGAGAGAGGGGGGGAGGCAUUGGGGGGAGGUUAUUGUAAGAGUGAAUGCCAACAAACUGAGGCCAUAUGAUAAUGCGCGUGCGGGGGGCUCUGUAUAUGCUUAAUCCCAUUUCCUUAUCCGGGGUUUGUCCCGGAGGCGCGCCCAUUGGCCGGCUGCCGUCACGUGGCUCCUUAACUUUGUUCACUUGACAGAAAAGUAGGAGGGUUCAACGGAACAGGAAUAACCGAAGAGUAAAGGGAUGAGAUAUAAAUUUUAGUUAUAUAUUUUCCGAGUCGGUGCAAUUCCACAAAAAGACUGAAAUUAAUGGCCAUGAGCUCCUAUUUGAUCAACUCCAACUAUGUGGACCCGAAGUUCCCACCGUGCGAGGAGUACUCACAGAGCGACUAUCUGCCCAGCCACUCUCCGGACUAUUACAGCUCUCAGAGGCAGGAGCCUGCCGCUUUCCAGCCGGACUCCGUCUACCACCACCACCACCCACAGCAGCAGCAGCAGCAGCAAGAGCAGCAGCAGCACCGCGCAAAUGCCCCGAACCACCAGCCACAGCACCGAGGCGAGCCGCCCUACACGCCGUGCCAGCGUGCAGCACAGCCCGCCUCGGUUGUGAUGUCCCCUCGGGGUCACGGGCUGCAGACCACCCCAGUCCCGGAGCAGAGUCACCGCUGCGACUCGGUGACACCCAGCCCGCCUCCGCCUCCGUCCUGCGGCCAAACGCCCCAUAGCCAAAGCACUUCUUCGUCCCCCGCGAGCACACGCAACAAGGACCCCGUAGUCUACCCGUGGAUGAAGAAAGUCCAUGUAAACAUCGUCAAUCCAAACUGGACGGGUGGAGAGCCGAAGCGGUCGCGGACGGCCUACACGCGCCAGCAGGUUCUGGAGCUGGAGAAGGAGUUCCACUACAACCGGUACCUGACGCGCAGGCGCAGGGUGGAGAUCGCGCAUACGCUGAGUCUGUCAGAGCGGCAGAUCAAAAUCUGGUUCCAGAACCGGAGGAUGAAAUGGAAGAAGGACCACAAGCUGCCCAACACCAAGGUCCGCUCCGGGACAAACAACAACAACAACAACACAAACUCCCAGGCUAUAACAGGUUCACAAAACCGCUCCGCUGGACCACUAUAGCCCGACACAAUACUAUUUCUUUUUUUUGGCCACUUUUUGUCUCACGUGUGUUUUUCCUAUAUAUCCACUUCUUAAAGUGAACAGUACCGAACCGUCAGCCACGCUUGUAACCACCGGAACUUGCACUUUGGACCGGAAUAACGCUUUCACCCUGGAGGGGAGGGAUGUACAAGGAUGUAUGGAUGGAUGUGUGGAUGUGUGGAUGUGCCCCCUGCAGUGCUCAUGUUACACACUAUAUAAUAAUACGACGUGGCAGGGUGAAGAGGGAGAUUUCCCUCCAUUCACAGAAAAAAAGAACAUAAAAAGUAUUAUAAAGAGAAUGAAAUGAAGAAGGAGACAAAAUGAAAAAAAAUGCUGUCAAGCCGCCAUUCCCUCUGUCUCUCCUCUCUCUGUCUUUUAUACCUCCCUCUCUUCUCUCGGAGGUAGGCAUAAACUUGUGUGUGUUUUUAUGUGUGUGUGGUUCCUGUCCUUCAUUUUUUUCUAUCUGAUACUCUCUUCUUCUUUUUUUGGUGAAGAUGGAUCCUCGUUUUCAUCUUUAAUCAUGCCAAACUCGGCUCUCAUUUGUCAUGUUUACUCUGCGGGUACAAAGCGAGAAAAAAAAAUCAGAGGGGGUGAAACCGCGGCUCUGCCCAUUACCCUCUGCACCCCCCCCCCACACACACACACACACAUACACACAAACACACACUCAUCCUCCUCUCCUUCUCCUCCUCCUCCCACUGCCACCAACACCACUCAAACGCUCACACGCGCGCGCGCAAUAAAUAAUAAAUGGAGCCCUCCUUGCGUCAAAAAGAAGUAUUCACACACACACACGCACUCAUCUGCCCUGUGAUAUCUGCCGUUAUAACUGUAUGUUUGUUUGGUUGUUUCACGCGCCUAUAGAUGUUUUUGUGUAUUAUUAUAAUUAUUUUUGAAAAAUAUCUUCCGUUAGAAUGACGCGCGCGCUCGUGUGUGUGUUGUUGAGGACGGGGGAAAGUGCAGAGAUUUCACGCCACGCACGCACCAAACAGGGUUUUUUAUUAUUAUUAUUAUUUUGAAUGGUUCUAAUUAUUGUUAUGAAGCUGCCUGAAAACAAAAGGACACUUAUCUAUUCAAACCAAAAUCCCAGCACUCACGCGCGCGCGCGCGCACUCACACAGCAUCAGAACGCAGCACUAUACAAUGUAACUACCUAUUACCUCAGCUGUACUUAUACAUAAAUAUAUAUUAUAUUAUUCUAAUUAUUAUUUUUUAUUUUAAUUUCGUAAUCUUAUUUCCUCUCACUCGUUGAAUGAAGUGACAGCUUUUUUCGAGCUUUUAUAUUUUUUUAAAAGAUGGUGUGACGAGUUAUUUUGGUGAUGAUGAUAAUAAUAAUUCUAAUUGUUGUUGCCUGCGAUGCAAAUACAAAGCGCUAUUUCAUUUCUUCUUUGUGAAAGAAACAGUAGUUAUUUAAUUAAAAGUGAGACGGUUCUGAUCAGAAUAGUCAGGAGCCUUUUAUUUCUGCAUGUCCGAAUGUUAAUUUUUUAUUUGUUUUUAUUUUCCAUCUUUCUUUUCUCUGCACAUGAAAUGCGCGCACACUUUUUUCUUUUUUAUGUCUUUCCUCUUUCUUAUUCUGCAAGUGUAAUGUUGUUUUUUUUCUACAUUCCAAAGAUCAAAUGAUGAUGAUGAUGAUGUGUAUGAUAACUAAUAACGGUAUUGUUGAACACGUGUUACCUCCCCUGAUGUAUGUGUGUAAGUUGCUCCUUUCUCUGCCUAUGCCCACUCAGUGUCUAUAUACCUUCGUAUUAUUUGUAAAUAGCCUAUUGAAAUUUAAAUAAAAUGACUAAAAAUGU